CUUAAAAAAGUUUAAUUCUAUAAAACAGCUCUCCAUCAGCAUUGUACAUUAAUUUUGUGGAAGAAUUUAUGGUUACAUGACGAUUGCCAACCUAAAAAUCUAAGUUCACAAAAUCUUCAUAUCAUUCUAUUCAGGCUUCAUUUACUGUAUUGGAAGUAACAACGGUAAAUAUCUAUCAAAUACAAUAAAUCAAUCCGUCAGAUUCAACAUGGACGAAACUUCCUUCAAUGCCGACUGCAAGAAAUGGUGCAGCAGCAGUUUAACUUGAUGGGAAGAUUUAUGUCAUGGGCGGACACUGCGGCAUUGAUUACUCGAAUAUUGUGGAAUGCUUCGAUACAGUUGCAGAAACAUGGGCCACUGUUGCCAGAUUAAACAAUCCAAGGAGAUAUGUUAAAGCAUGUGUUAUUGAAGAAAAGAUAUUUGCUGUUGGAGGGCAUGUUUCCAAGAACACAAUAGAAGAAUAUGAUCCAGCUGUUAACUCCUGGAAAGUUGUUAAAACAAUGGAUGGGAAAGACAUUCAGAUAUUAGCUUCUAUCGCUUUGAAUGUUUCUUUAUAAACAAGGUCUAAAUAUCCCACGCCAAAGCUUUCCACCUGAAUCAUUUUAAACUGCGAUGAUUGACAAUCACUCUGAUGUUUGAAAACUUGACAUUAAUUUACCCAUCCAACAUGUUAGGCCACCUGAUGAUAUAAAACAACGAAGAGCAUCUUACUCUCCCCCGUGGUGAAUACGAACAAUUUUAUUCCCCAGUUACCUCGUUUCGACAAGUAAUAUAAUGUAGAAUACCCGACAUCGUGAGCGAAAUUGGGCGGGUAUCAAGUCAUGCAUCAAUAAUCACGACUGUUUUGACUGGACGGGGAAUCCCCUAUAUUGAUACACCUGAUUCCUCUGUUGUCGUCUGGAACCUUAUAAUCGACUUGUAAAUCAAGAGCUGCAGUUGUCAGACUAAAGAUGCAUUAAAUCAAUUAUCUAACUAGUUUUUCGUAGUUUUCACCUAGUUGGUGUAGGUCAUUGAUUCCCAAACUGUGAGUCGCGACCCUCGCGUGAAGAUUUUCCGGGGUCGCCUAAUUUCUGUCAAACAUGCGCACACAAGUAACUAGGAUUUGAAAGUUAGAAAGUGAAAUUUUUUCUGGUCCGCAGGUUCCCUAAAGGUCCCCCAGUCCGCAAAAUUUGUUUCGAAAUUUCUCCGGUAUGCGAACUGAAAAAAGUUCGAGAACCACUGAUGUAGAUAGAAUACCCGACAUCGGUAGCUCUUUUUAUUGAACGCACGAAUAAUCACGACCGUUUUUACUAGACGGGGAAUCCCCUAUCUCGAUACAUCAGAUUCUUCUUUUGUCUGGAACCACGUAAUCGACUUGUAAAUCAAGAGCUGCAGUUGUCAGACUAAAUAUACAUUACAUUAAGUCAUCCAAAUGAUGAUUUGACUGGGAUAGCAUUUCAUACUUACUGGUACCUAAAGCUAUUGUAAAGUAAAAGCUUUUACGCAAUAUUUUAUAUAAGUUAUGGUAUCUGUUUGCUGUGUGUUAAUAAGUGAUGUAUUGAAUGUUUGUUGUGGUACCGGUAUUGUUUGGUUAUGUAUAGUUUACCUCUUUCGUUGAGCCAACAAAAACAAAGGUGCGUCUUACCUAAUCCUCGCAAAUUAGUAGGGCAUGAAAAUGUACGAUGUGGAAAUUACAGUGAAACUGUCAUGUUAAUAUGGACAGGGACUAUUGAACCUUUUCUAUGUCCACCAUGAAAACAAAUUUUAGUUGUUCCACCGGCGCUUCCAAAGUAUGUGAACAAAGAUAACAGACACCGCAACGUAGCCGGUUAGAGUUAGGCCAUAAUUUUAUUCCAAUUUUCCAUAUACUAGUUCUAUUGUGAGUACUCGGGACUAGCCAAAUGACUGCCAUAGUAUUUGUACCUGUAAAUUUGGCUUAACCUAGGGUCACCAUAUUUGAAAAAGCAAAAUUCUGGACAGUGCA